CUUUAACCAAAGCAAACAGUCUGCCCGGUUAACAACAACAAAUUAUCAUUUGGGAGCCAACCAUUUGAGCGACUACGACGGGAAUGUGUGUUAUCGUCGAUAUUUGUUCUGAAGAUAGUAAGAUAACAGUGUAAUUGUGACAGAUUCUUAAGGUCGAAGAUUGUUCAUAUAUCGGUAAGUUUCACUAGAGUGGACGAGUUUUUAUUAAUAGUGUCUAAAUGAGCAAACGAACCACCCAUAAAGCUUCGAAGAUAGUCAAGGUGGAAGCGAAAGAGUGUAGUAGUUUUGCUGUGUAUUGUAGAAAAGUCUAGCGUUGCCGAUUAUAUGGAGGAAAUGUCUUCGCCAUCACCGGAAAGCGGCAAUUCGAAGUUUUCGUCCCCCAGUUGCAGCAAUGCGGACCCAGUGGAUUACCUGGGGCAUCGACGAAGUAAGUCCAUGUCCAACAUUAGGAUGGUCGAUUACACACCGGGAGAAAUCGCAAGAAUCAAAGAGAGGUUGUUGCGCACCAAUUCCCGCGUGGAACCAGCCACAAUCAAACGAUUCACGCGGAUGCAGAAAGUCACUUUGGGAAUGCUUGCCUUGGUCGACUUCUUUUGCUUCUGCUCGAUGUCCAUUAUGGCUCCGUACUUUCCAAAAGAGGCGGCCCUGAAGGGAGUGUCGAGCACCAUGUCGGGCUUAGUCUUCAGCUUCUACGCCUUGGUCAUGUUCAUAACUUCGCCGAUUUUCGGCAAAAUUCUACCCAAAGUUGGCGCCAAGCUACUGUUCCUCGUCGGUAUGUUUGUGGCGGGCGCCUGUAAUUUAUUGUUCGGAAUGUUGGAUUAUGUGUCGGACUACGCCACAUUCACUAGCUUGUGUCUCAUAGUGAGAGGGUUCGAGGCCUUGGGCUCGAGCGCGUUCUCCACCGCCAGCUACGUCUUCGUUGUAAAUACUUUUCCGGAAAACAUCGGCUCAGUCAUUGGGAUUCUAGAGACGUUCGUGGGGCUCGGAAUGAGCACCGGACCUGUGCUGGGUGGGUUCUUGUAUUCGUUAGGCGGCUUUAGUCUGCCGUUCUUCGUUCUCGGUGUGGCGAUGAUCAGCAUGGUGCCGUUGAACAUGUGGUUAAUGCCAGUUAUCGUGGACUUCGAAAAUGUGACCAACAAGAAGACUACAGUCCUCAGCCUAAUCAAGGUGCCUGCAGUUUUCGUCACUGGCAUGGUGGUUGUUGUGGUAUCGAGCACUUGGGCUUUCCUGGACCCCACUUUGGAGCCGCACCUGCGGCAGUUCAAUCUCACGCCGGCUAAGGUCGGCCUGAUAUUCCUGCUCUUUUCCGGCUUGUAUGGCCUGUCCAGUCCAGUAUGGGGCUGGUUGGCAGACAAAUGCAACAACCACUGGUCUAUGAUGGUUGUUGGUCUGUUCACCUCCACCGUUGGGCUGCUGCUGCUGGGGCCCAGCCCCUACAUUCCAAGGCUUCAGAGCUCUCUAUGGCUGAACUUGGUCGCUCUGUCCACCCUAGGGAUUUCCGUCGCUCUGGCUCUAAUGCCUACGUUUCAAGGAGUCUUAAACAGUGCCAUACUGGGGGGCUGCAGCGACUCAAUCACAACCUACAGUGUGGUCGCAGGCGUCUGGUCCAGCAUGUACUCAUUAGGAGAGGUGAUUGGUCCGGCUGUUGGGGGAGCCCUCUUGGAGCAUUACGGCUUUCCGGUCUCGGCCACUGUGAUGGCAACCGGCACUUUCUUUAUGGCUGUAGUGGCGCUCUUUUUCUUCACCUUCAAUUCGACGUGGGCAGGCGGAGAGGUGGGCUCGGACAGCGGAAUGAGCGAUUCUUGGAGGAACAGCGAUAGUGGCCAGGACAGUGCAGAGUCGACGCAUCUACUAGCCGAAGUGGGACCCAACUAUCGCACGUACACACAGGAGAAGGUGCAUUUUUACGGGAAAAUCCGCCGACAGGACAAUGCGCUUGGGGAGUGCAGUGGUGAACAGGUAACCGACAUACGAGGAACGGUGAACAUCACGCAAAAGGGAGCUUGUGAAGUGUAGAAACAGACAUCGUUGAUCUCUAGUUGCAGCUGGUAAAUAAACAACCGAUUUUUGGCAAAAAAAGUUUGGGUUUGUUAAGGUUGCUGAGUAAAACGUUUGCAUGUUUCGAAAUGAGACAUUGCAGACAUCAAACAGAGAAUGUCUGUUAAAAUCAUAACAGCAAUAAAAAGUAAAGCAAUAAAUGUUGACAAUAAUAGCAAAAUGUAUGUCUUUAUGUGGUGUAAAAAUAAAAAAAAAACAAUAAACUAAAGGAUACUCUAAGUUAAGAA